AUGGCAAAGGAUAAAAAAGAAUUAGAAAACAGAUUGAAAUACAUUUCUAAAAAAAGAUUCUAUCCAAAGAACUUUUACUUUUAUAGUGAUUUUGGCUCUAGUAAAACAACAAUUAUUCAAAGACUUGUCAAAGAACUUGCCAAAGGACGAGAAGCUUGUAAGAAAGCAAAUGAUCAAAAAUAUUUUGAUAAUUACAACAAUAACGAGAUCAUUUACAAGCAUGAACUAUCACAUGACACUUGGAAGUUUCAAGAUUUGUUAAAUCUUUGUGAGAAAGAUAAAUGCGUUAUCGGUCGAAAGAAUAAAAAACCUGUAGAAGUCGUGUCUAAAUACAAUAUUUUCUCAGCACAAGAUCCAUUUCAGGAUAUUUUUACUUUUAGAAAGCAUGUAUUUGAUCAAGAAGAAAUUAAAAGCUUAGAGUCGAAAAUUGCAUUGUAUAGAAGAUUUUCAAAAUCGCGAGCAGGAGAUUUGUUAAAUUUUAUUAAUGGUAGAUUUGAUAUUAAAUUUGCUGAGAAUAUUAGUUUGGAAGAGGCAAAGAAAUACGUUUACGAUGAUGAUUUUGAGAAUUUGUAUGAACAUGAUGGUGAUGUUUUCAUGAAACAGAAGAUAGAUAUGAAUAUAGUAUUGGGUAGUGUGAUUGGAAAUGUAGAUGUUGACAAUUACAGUUUUACUGUUUACAAUCAGUAUUGGAAUGAUGAUCUUCUAUCUAAUAUUAUUAUUCCAAACAAUAUAGAAUCAUUACACAAGAAUUUACAAGUAAAAUUGUCUAAUUUUACUGUAUUAGAUCCACAAAUAGAAUCAAGCACUAAACGUAAAAUAGAUGAUACAGAAAUAGUUGAUAGAGAAAAAGAAAAACAUGUAAAGCUAGAUGAUUUUUAA